AUGGAAACAAACCACAACCACCAUCCGACACCCCAACAAAAUGGCACAUUGCCGUCUCCAUCAUCAUCAGAAACAGUCGAAGAUGUGGAUGAAAGAAGAUUGAAUCGAGUUGCUUACGAGUAUCUUUGCAGAUGUGAAGAAGUCAGAACAUGGCUCUCCGAAUGUCUGAAAGAUGACUCAAUUGCAUCAAUCACGGAACUCGAAGAGAAUCUGCGAAAUGGAGUACUCUUGGCUCGUCUCGGAAACUCUUUUGCUCCGCAGGUCGUGCCAGAAAAAGGGAUUUUCGAUAUAAAUCAGGAGAAAUACAAGCAAAAUGAAUCAGUUCCAGUUUAUAGGCAUUCUGAUAAUAUUAUGCAAUGGAGAAGAGCAAUGGAAAGUGUUCGAUUGCCAGAGAUCUUCAUCCCCGAAACUGCAGACGUUUUCGAAGGAAGAAACAUGAAAACUGUAUUCUGUCUUUUUGCACUUGCCACACUUCUACACAGACAAAGAAAAGCUCCUCCAAUCAGAAAUCUGGCAGGAAAGGCGAAAUUCUCGAUCACCGAACUCGGAGCAGCCAAAGAAAACUUGAAAGACUCGAAGCUUCCGGAAUUCGGAGACGUUGGAAAUAUGCUCUCCGACCGUAAAAACGAUGCGAAUGCUCAAGCUUUAGCAAUGACUGCUCUUCGAGAAGCAGUCAAUGAAAAAGACGCUCAAAAAGUAUUGGAAGUUCUGAAAUCAGCGCCCGCAUCAAUUGAUUACGUGGAAGAAUCAAUGGCUCAACACUAUUUGGAUGGACUUUCAGAGAGAGAAGGAGAUGAGGAACCAUUCACAAAAGUAUAUGUGCAAAGUGUUGUCAAUUCGGCAAAUACCAAAUCUGCCAUGGAGCAACUUGAAGUUCUUCUGAAUGACCCGUCAGAAGAGCAAAACUCAACCAAAAUUAUUCAUAUUCUGGAUCUUCUCCAAAUCGAAGACGUUCGUCAGUUUGCCACGUCUUUGUAUAUUGAUCUGCUCCGAAAAGCACAAAAAGAGCACAUUCCACUGACGGGAGAUGAUGUUCGUGACGUAAUUGCUCAUGGAAAUGCACUUGUUGAAGUCCGAAUCGCAGUGGAACAUGGAUCAUCUGAAGAUGUUUUGAAGUCCCUUCAGAAUCCACAUCUCAAUUUGGAACACGUGGAAAAGUCAAACGCCAAGUUGUAUUAUAAUCGUCUUCGUAAAGAAUUCGACGGAUUAGAUGAGCAAACGUUUUUGCUUCGUGAACAACUUGACAGUAUUGUGGCGGAAUAUUCAAGUAUUUCUCCUGAAAGUCGUCUGAUUUUGGAGUUGAAUGGUGCAGUCCAACGUGGCGAUUCGGAAGGUGUGGAAGUGAUUUUGAAGAAUGUUUCACUUGACUUCUAUAUCGUGGAAAAUCUGGAGUAUUACGUGAAAAGAAUAUCAACGAAGAAGCCACAAAAUGUGGAUGAAUUGAAGAAAGAACUGAAAGAAGUCAAUGAAGAAGUAGAGAAAGCAUUCCAACUUGCCGAGAAAGUGGUUAGAAUCAAUAAAGCGAAAGGAUCAGAACAGAAGAUUCGAAAGGAGUUGGAUACAUUGAAAACCAUGAAGACAGAUGGAUAUCGAGAGGAACUGAUUCAUUGGUAUUCGAAGAAAAUAAUGGAAGAAUUGGAAAGUAUUGAUAACUCUCCGGAUGGAUGGUUGGAUCAAGACUUUGCUUUGGGCACAGUUUACGUCUUCACUGGAGAUUCAGAAGACAAGAAACGAUCCAGAACACCCCAGGAACCAACUCAAUCUAAUUAUCUCAGAUGGACUGCUCUUCAUGAUUUCAUUAAAUCAGAAAACCUGAAUUUCGAUCAGUAUUACAAAGAGAAAGAGGCUGAAAUUGUAAAAGGACAAUCUGCUCUUCGCAAGUAUUUGGAUAAAAAACGGGCAGUAAAGGAGGCGGAGCUGAAGAAAGAGCAAGACGAGGCAGCGAUGAAAAUUCAGUCGAGAUACAAGGUCUACAGAAACAAAAAGGAUUUAGAGCUUUUGAAAACAACGACUACUCCAACUCUCUCCCUUGUCCGCAAGUUUGUUAACCAACUGCCACGUGGAGAAGUUGAUUUCUCAGAUGACCUCGAAGUUGCUGAAUCAAAGACAGAAGUUUCUCGAUUGAUGGCUUCGAACAGACAGUUGGAUAAAAAUUUGGAAGAAAUGGAUGAGAACAUUGGAUUGCUGAUUAAGAACCGGCUCAAUCUACAGGAAGUAAUCGCUCAUCGUGACAAGACGGCCGCUUCUGCGGAAGAUUUUGCUGCGAAAACAGAAGUUUCCGUCCAAAAACAAAGAGAAAAAUCCUCGCUGGAAUCACUGGAGCAACUCCUAUAUUAUCUUCAAACCAAACCAAAUUAUUUGGCGAAUCUGAUUGAAAAUCUCCGCGAAAAUCGUACCGAAGUGAUGACUGAUGUUGUCUCACCAAUCUUCGGCUUCCUCAGUGACAAUCGUGAACAAUUCCUUUUGGUUCGUCUCCUUUGUGAACUUUUGGGGCGUAAUGUUGCUCAACUUCGACUGAUUGAAGAUUUUCAAUCGAAUUAUUUCAUGCAAGCCACUGCUGACACUGUUAAAUUAUCCACAUUUGACAACAUCCUCUCAGAUCCAUGCCAGUCGAUAAUUGAAGAGUUAACAAACUUUGUUGACGAAGAGUCUCGUGUCAAAACAUUCCAUUUGGAUCCAGUCAAUCUCUAUCAAAAUCUCUACGGAAGAUCAGUUGAAUCAGCUGAAAAAGCACUUCAAGACACUACAGUAUCCGAUAUUUUGAGUAGUUCCAUCUCUUUUCUAGCUAAAUGGAGUGAACGAUUUAUGGAUGCAAUCUUUGAAAACUUCAAACUACCAAAGAGUUGUGUUUACAUGACAUCAUAUCUAGAAACUGCAUUGAGACAUCAAUUCCCAGCAGCCACGACAAUGCAGAUUGAUCAGACAGUUGCAAUGUUCGCUUUCAAGGUGUUCCUGAGUCAUCAUUUGACAUCUCCGAGAAGUUUAUUCCGUGCACUUGGAAAACAAAUCACGGAUGAUGCCACUCAUCGUCUCGAAGCAAUUAUUCACUUCACGGAAAACGCUGUGGCCAACAAAGGAUAUGCUAACAAAAUGUGGUUUCUGUCGCUGUUGAAUCAAAAUGUUCAUGUCAUUCAUAAGAAGUUCAUCGAAUACAUCAACAAAAAUGUUCGCAACGUGGCGCUGGACGAAGUGUAUUCAAUGAAUGAAUUCACCCAAUUCGAUCCAUUCCACAAACCGACACUCUCCUUGAUUGACAAGCAUCUUCAAACUGUCAUCGAAUGCCUGCGGAAACACAAGAAAGAUAUCUCAGAAGGAACAGAAGAUCAGAUUGCAUUCUUGAUUGAAUCAAUCAAUGAUGUGGCAACUUCAGAUGGAGUUAUGAUGCUCCAAUUGCAUCCAUCACCAAAUGAAAUGUUGCCGGAUGGAACGCAGGCUCAUUUGUUCACGAGAGCAAAGAAGCAAGUGGUGGAGUUGUUGUUGGAGGGUGUUCCAGGAACAGAUGUUGAACAACUUUUGGAUCAGAAAAAAGUGUCUCCAGAGCUUGAAACCAUUCAAAACGAACUCAAAAAAGACUUGAAACAGCUUGAAGAGGAUGGUCGUACUUCUCAUAGCGAUAAAUAUCAAUCAAUUGUUACUGACAUUGCAAAUGACAUCCGACUUCAUGAACGUCGUCAAAGAGAACGUCAGGAACAGAAGAAGAGUAUUGCAGCUACACGUCGAAAACUCAUGGAGCAGAGAGAGGAAUUGAAUGAGAAAUUGGCAAGAUAUGAAGAGUAUUUGGAGACAUGUUUGCAAAAUCUGUCUCGCACGUCUCGUCGUUUGUCGUUCCGUCCAAAUACGAAAGAAGCAGGAAAGAUUCAGAAGGAGAGGGCAUCUCUCGAUCAAAUAAAAAGUUAUAAAAGUUCUGCGGAAAAAUUGUUCCGAAAAGGAAUAAUAAAGGAGAUUUCUGGUUAUCAGACACCUAAAAGAAUCUCCAAAUUAUCAGUUGAAAUUGCUUCAACCGAAGAAGGAGGAGUGUUUUCUGUGGCUUUGUUCGAGGGAAAAACACCAGUUGGAAAUGCAACAUUGUUAUUCCAGGAUCUACUCAAAUCCGAUUCUCUUCAUGAACCCACGUAUACUCUGAUUGAAUUGGUUGUAUUGGAUGUGCAGAAGUCGAUUCAAUACAUCAACAAAAAGUUUUAUAAUAAGUAA